CGUAACAGAGGCGUGCGAAUGAAAAAGUGAAGAGUAACAGAGACAGAGCUGAACAAAACACAGUGUCGGAAGGAAGAAGGAAUCUAAACAUCCAUCAUUUUCUCGUGAUUCCCUAACCCAUCUACAUUCUCUUCUCUUCUUUUUAUUAUCCUUCCUCAUACACACGCGCCAUUCUCAUUCCACGCGCCUUCUCUUCUUUCUUUCCUAGGGUUUCCUUCUCUCAUCAUCGCAAUGUCCAGCCCCAUCGAUCGUUUCGCUCUUCCAUGUUUUGAAGGUUCUUCUGGUAGUGAUGAAAAAAGAACCGAAAGAAAAUCUGAUUUUAAGAUUUCUGGUAGUUCUAGUAAUGGUGGUGGUUCUCUUAAGAAGAAAGUUUCUUCCAAGAUUAAGCAUUCUCUCAAGAAAAAGAGUGGUAGAAGAAAGAGUGAUGGACGUGUUAGUUCUGUUUCCAUUGAGGAUAUUCGUGAUGUUGAGGAGCUUCAAGCUGUUGAUGCCUUUCGACAAUCAUUGAUCGCCGAGGAAUUGCUUCCGAAAAAGCAUGAUGAUUAUCAUUUGAUGCUAAGAUUUCUUAAAGCAAGGAAGUUUGAUAUUGAAAAAGCAAAGAAUAUGUGGGCUGAUAUGCUACAAUGGAGGAAGGAAUUUGGUGCUGAUACAAUUAUGGAGGAUUUCGAGUUCAACGAAAUAAAUGAAGUUGUUAAGUAUUAUCCACAUGGGCAUCAUGGUGUUGAUAAGGAGGGAAGGCCUGUUUACAUUGAAAGACUUGGAAAAGUGGAUCCAAACAAACUUAUGCAAGUUACAACUAUGGAUAGAUAUGUGAAGUACCAUGUACGCGAGUUUGAGAAAUCUUUUGCGAUUAAGUUUCCUGCUUGCACAAUUGCUUCCAAGAGGCACAUAGAUUCCAGUACCACAAUCUUAGAUGUUCAAGGCGUGGGCCUUAAGAACUUUUCAAAAGCUGCCCGCGAACUCAUUAUGCGAUUGCAAAAGAUUGAUGGUGACAAUUACCCUGAGACUCUUCACCAAAUGUUUAUCAUAAAUGCUGGCCCUGGGUUUAGGAUGCUCUGGAACAGUGUCAAAUCUUUUAUCGAUCCCAAAACAACUUCAAAGAUUCAUGUUCUUGGAAACAAGUACCAAAGCAAAUUGCUUGAAGUAAUCAAUGCUAGCGAGUUGCCAGAAUUUUUGGGAGGUACCUGCACAUGUUUAGAUCAGGGAGGAUGCCUCAGGUCCGACAAAGGGCCCUGGAAUAACCCGGAAAUUAUGAAGAUGAUUCUCAGUGGUGAAGCAGGGCGGCCGAGGCAGGUGGUAAAAGUUCUAAACAGUGAAGGGAAAGUUAUUGCAUAUGCCAAGCCACGAUGCCCAAUGGUAAAAGGCAGUGAUACAUCCACAGCUGAAUCGGGCUCUGAAGCUGAAGACAUAGCUUCUCCAAAGGUGGUGAAGAGUUACUCACACCUGAGGUUGACCCCUGUUCGUGAGGAAGCUAAGGUAGUUGGAAAGUCAAGCUAUGCUGUUAGUGGUGACUUAGCUGGGUAUGACGAAUACAUUCCAAUGGUGGACAAAGCUGUUGAUGCUGUCUGGAAGAAGCAAGCAUCACUCCAUAGGUCUCAUAGUACAAAAGGAACACCUCCUCUUCCUGACACGCCAAAACUACCAGAGGGUAUUCAAGCUCGGAUUUGGGUAGCCCUGACUGUUUUCUCUUGGACAAUGUUUAGUCUCUUCCGUUCACUUGCAUGUCGUAUGACCAAAAAACUGCCAUCAGUAUCAUCUAAUAAUUAUCAGAGUACUUCAGAGCUAACUCUUGACACAACAAACAAGGAAGACUAUACCGAGACCAGUGUCUUUUGCUCCAUGAUGAAAAGGUUAGGUGAACUUGAAGAGAAGGUUGACACACUAAAAUCUAAGCCCUCUGAGAUGCCUAGACAGAAAGCAGAAUUACUAAAUGUUGCUGUCUACCGGGUGGAUGCUUUGGAAGCAGAGCUAAUCGCAACCAAAAAGGCUCUCUAUGAAGCGUUAAUGAGGCAAGAAGAGCUGCUUGCUUACAUUGAUAGUCAAGAAGAAGCAAAGUUACGGAAGAAGAAAUUUUGCUGGUGACUUUUGUUGCUGCUGAUAGAGGGAUUCUGGACGAGGUUGUUUUACAAUCAAUGUUUCUAUGGUGUGUUGACCUUACGCGUGAUGUAAACUGAAAAUUGAUUUUAAAUUUCUGAGUAAACUCAAUGAAGAAUUGUUUCAAACUUGUGUAUAGUUGGAAGUACUACUUGGCUUAAAAAUGAACUUUGUUGUUUUGCUAGUCUUGUUAUCUCCCUCCAAUGCGACUAGCGGGGCUCAAACCCGGAAGGUCUGUAUCUAAGAUCUAAUUUUAUAA